AUGGAUCGAAAUGGAAUGUCAGACCCAUAUGUUAAACUAUGUAUGCUACCAGAAGGAAAACAAAAAUUUGAGACCAAAAUUAUUCGAAACUCAUUGAAUCCAAAGUUCAAUGAAACUUUUGCUUUCAAUUUGGCAUUCAGUGAACUGCAGUGCAAAACGUUACAAUUUAUUGUCUAUGAUUUCGAUCGGCUGGGAAAGGAUGAUCGUAUCGGUCAGUUGUCGUUGCCACUUGAAGUUGUAGACUUUGGUGCUACAGUAGAUGAAUGGAAAAAUUUAGAGGCUCCUGACGAAGGAUUAGAGUCGGAAUCACGUUUGGGAGAUUUAUGCUUUUCACUUCGGUAUCGACCAGCUACUGGAAGUCUUAAUAUAACCAUAAUGGAGGCUAGAAAUUUGAAGAAAAUGGAUGUCGGUGGUUCCUCAGAUCCUUAUGUUAAAAUCUAUCUUUACUGCGGCAAAAAAAUGCUGACAAAAAGAAAGACAAAACGAAAAGAUAAAACCCUGAAUCCGUAUUACAAUGAAUCAUUUCAAUUCAGGGUAACUCCGGAGUUGAUGCAAAAGGUAUAUGUGGUGCUUCAAGUGUGGGACUAUGACAAAAUGAGCAAAAAUGAUUUCAUUGGUGAAGUUCGGGUUGGCUCUGUACAUUUAAAUGAUCCAACUAUUGGAUUAGCUGCUCAAGAACAAUGGACAGAAAUGAUGUUGACCAGAAGGCCAGUGGUAAGGUGGCAUACCUUACAGCCACGGCCAUAA